GUCAGUGAGCGGCGUUGAUAGGGUGCUGGAAGGAGGGUUACCGUGUGUUAAAUUAUAAUCUUGGUGCUUUCAACAGUUCUUGUGACAAGAAAAACCUGCGUGCUGUAGCCACUGAAAUAUCUGCGUAGAGGAUCUGAGCAGAUUUCUUUUCACCGUUUUCACUGGACUUGUUAAGAGCAAUGUCACUGCUGUCACAGAGGUGUCCUACCCCGCAUCAAUGCAGCGUGCGAGACGGCUGAUCGGAUGCUUUCUACCCUUUCAAGAUCUAUAUUUUAUAUCUGAACAAUUCUUUGCAAAAACAAUGUAUAUAUUUAUUCAGAUGCAUCUGAAGAGUGAUUGAAGACUCAGCGAGCGGAGGCAAGCCACUGCAUUUUAAUCAGAGGGAAAUACAGAGAAGCUGCUCAUUGAUAUUUCACAGGCAUACUUUCUGAACCAGUUUACUUGUACAGUGACAAGCGUUUCAGGUCGUGGGAUUUUAAUCCCGAAGAAACUGGAGGUAGACACAUUGCAGUUUCAAAUUUGGAAUUUCUGCUGAAAUUUGAUACCAGGUGUUGGAGGACCAGCGCACGCUUUGCUGCCGUUUCAUUCCGAGGACAAGGAUUGCGAUUAUGGCACCACGGAGUCUGGGUGCUCAGAUGAAUUUAAAUUAGGUGUACAGCAUCGCCGUUUGAAAUAAAGACGAAGCCGAAAGAUAAGAAGAGAUCGAAGAAAGGAGAAAAAAAACAAUAACAAAAAUCUACAAGGAAAUGAGUUUGUCCUGUUUUUUCUUGUAAUGUUGCAUCGCUCUGAUGACUCUUUAAGGUAGGGAUUUUCAGUUCACUUCGCAAAUCAACAGGUCGGAAGCGUGAGACCCACUGAAAAAAUAAAAGCGCUCAUGCUGCAAAGGAUGUAUCUUUCUAUUUUUUACUUCUUAAUGCUGUGGGCUCAAGCCCUGUCUUUGAAAAAUUUAAAUUAUUCUGUUCCGGAGGAGCAGGGACCAGGGACCGUGAUUGGGAACAUUGCCAAAGAUGCCAGACUUGGAGCGGGAGAGAGGGGUAAGAAAUCAAACUUCAGGGUGUUGGAAAACUCCGCCCCGCACCUCAUAGACGUGGAUCCAGAAAGCGGACUGCUUUAUACAAAGCAGCGGAUCGACAGAGAAACACUGUGUCGACGAAUCCCCAAGUGCCAACUCUCUAUGGAAGUGUUUGCCAACGAUAAAGAGAUAUGCAUGAUUAAGGUGGACAUACAAGACAUAAACGAUAAUUCGCCCACCUUUCCUUCGGAUCAGAUAGAUAUUGACAUUUCCGAGAAUGCUGCGCCCGGUACCCGCUUUCCACUAACAAGCGCGCACGACCCAGACUCAGGGGAAAACGGGCUGAAAACCUACCAGCUUACACGUGACGAUUAUAAUAUAUUUUCUCUGGAUGUGAAAUCUAGAGGAGACGGGACUAAAUUCCCAGAGUUAGUUAUUCAGAGACCUUUAGACAGGGAGGAGCGGAGCCAUCACACUCUAAUAUUAACAGCGACUGAUGGAGGGGAAUAUCCAAGAUCAGGGACAAUGCAAAUUAAUGUUAAAGUCAUGGAUUCGAAUGACAAUAGUCCAGUGUUUGAACAGCCUUCAUAUGUAAUCGAGAUACCUGAAAAUGCACCUAUUGGAAAAGUUUUGAUAGAUUUAAAUGCCACAGACCCAGAUGAAGGAAGCAAUGGACAGGUGGUUUAUUCAUUUAGUGGAUACACUCCUGACAGGAUCCGGGAGUUGUUUGCCAUUGACCCCAGAACAGGUGUUAUAAAGAUUCAGGGGGAAAUUGACUAUGAAGAAAGCCCAAUUAUAGAGAUUGAUGUUCAGGCAAAGGACCUAGGACCAAACCCAAUCCCUGGACACUGUAAAAUCACGGUUAAAGUGAUAGAUAGGAAUGAUAAUUGGCCGUCAAUAGGUUUUGUUUCUGUUCGACAGGGGGCCGUCAGUGAAGCUGCCCCCCCAGGAACUGUCAUAGCAUUGGUGAGAGUCACUGACAGGGAUUCGGGAAGAAAUGGCCAGCCUCAGUGCAGGGUAUUGGGUAAUGUGCCUUUCAAGCUGGAGGAAAACUAUGACAAUUUUUACACAGUAGUUACAGAUAGGCCAUUAGACAGAGAGGUACAAGAUGAGUACAACAUAACGAUAGUAGCCAAAGACAAUGGGAUUCCUCCUUUGAAUUCUUCUAAAUCAUUUACUGUAAAGAUCUUGGAUGAAAAUGAUAACGCCCCUCGCUUCACAAAAGCAGUGUACCUCCUACAGGUUCCAGAGAAUAACAUUCCUGGGGAGUAUUUAGGCUCCGUUCUGGCUCAUGAUCCAGACCUGGGUCAAAAUGGAACUGUGUCUUAUUCUAUUUUACCAUCCAAUGUUGGAGAUGUGUCUAUUUACACCUAUGUGUCUGUCAAUCCCACAAAUGGUGCAAUAUAUGCUUUAAGGUCAUUCAAUUAUGAGCAGACAAAAUAUUUUGAAUUUAAGGUUUUGGCAAAGGAUUCAGGGUCCCCUCAUCUAGAGAGUAACGCCACUGUCAGGGUUAGUGUAUUAGAUGUCAAUGACAACGCUCCGGUCAUAGUGUUACCUCUCCUGCAAAAUGAUACUGCUGAGAUUCAUGUUCCUAGAAACGUGGGUGUUGGGCACAUAGUGACCACAGUGAGAGCUGUGGACAAUGACUACGGAGAAAGCGGUCGCCUGUCCUAUGAGAUUUCUGAUGGGAAUGAAGAGCAUUUGUUUGAGAUGGAUGCUGUCACUGGGGAGAUCAGAACCGUGCAUCCUUUCUGGGAAGAAGUGGCCCCAGUUGUAGAGCUUAUUGUUAAGGUCAUCGACCAUGGGAAACCCACACUCUCAGCUGUAGCUAAACUCGUCAUUAAGGCUUACACAGGACCCCUUCCAGAAGGCGAACCCAGGAUCAACGAAGAGCAACACAGCUGGGACAUGUCCUUGCCCCUUAUAGUCACCCUCAGCAUAAUUUCCAUCAUGCUUCUGGCAGCCAUGAUCACCAUUGCUGUCAAGUGCAAGCAAGAGAACAAGGAGAUCAGGACUUACAACUGCCGGAUUGCCGAGUACUCUCACCCCCAGCUGGGCAAGAGCAAGAAGAAGAAGAUCAACAAGAAUGACAUCAUGCUGGUGCAGAGCGAGGUGGAGGAGAGGGAUGCCAUGAACGUCAUGAACGUGGUGAGCAGCCCCUCCCUCGCCACGUCCCCUAUGUAUUUCAAUUAUCAGACACGCCUGCCCCUCAGCUCCCCCAGGUCUGAGGUCAUGUACCUCAAGCCCACCUCCAACAACCUGACUGUUCCUCAAGGACAUGUUGGCUGUCACACAAGCUUCACGGGGACAGUGACUAAUACCACAGAGACUCCGGUUAAUAGGAUGUCAAUAAUUCAGACAGAUAAUUUUCCACCAGAGCCCAAUUACAUGGGCAGCAGACAGCAGUUUGUUCAAAGCAGCUCUACAUUCAAGGACCCAGAGCGGGCAAGCCUGAGGGACAGCGGACAUGGUGACAGCGACCAGGCCGAUAGCGACCAGGACACAAACAAAGGUUCCUGUUGUGACAUGUCCAACAAGGAGGCCCUCAAGAUGAAGGCGACCUUAGCUAAACCUCAAACCCUUGAGCAGGAACAGGAAGAGUGCGUUAAUUGCACAGAUGAAUGUAGAGUGCUAGGCCAUUCUGACAGAUGCUGGAUGCCGAAGUUCCCCUCAGGAAAUCAGGCAGAGGGCGCCGAUUACCGCACCAACCUAUUUGUACCAGCAGGAAUGGAAACCACGAUGGACACAGAGACUUAUGAGACUGUCAACCCCAAUGGGAAAAAGACAUUCUGCACCUUCGGGAAAGAGAGACGGGAUCACACCAUCUUAGUAGCUAAUGUAAAACCUUAUUUAAAAGCCAAGCGUGCCCUCAGCCCCUUGCUGCAGGAGGUCCCCUCUGCCUCUAACAGCCCCACCAAAUUGUGCACGUCUCCAUGUACAUCCAGCACAGGGCUCUCGGAGCCCAAUGAGGGCAAGCUGAGGAACAGCCAGUAUGGACCUCCCGAUGGCCAGUACUUGUCACCAAAUAAACAGUUGAAAGACUCCCCGUAUCUGCCGUCUGAGCCCAUGGCCAAGGCCCUGGCGGACGUCCACCCUCGCAUCGGCCAGGAAUCUGGCGAGAUGGACCACAUGCUGGAUCCACUGGACCAGAACAACCCUGAGCUCCACCAGGAGGCCAUGGAUACAGACCAGGUGGUCCGGCACAUCGACAAGCUUUUACAAGACUGUCGAGGGAAUGAGACCACAUCCGUGAGGAAGUGAAACGAUUGAACCCUCACAAGUACAAGCGGUGAAUAAAAUUAUUAAUUAAAAUUUUAAAAAAAAGGAAACAGGAAAAAAAGAACUAAAGGGGACAUUUUAAAGUGAACAAAUUUGGGGCAAAUGAAUAAAAUGAUGGGACUUAAAUUCUCUGGAACAGAGAGAAGAGGCCAGCUGCCUCUGGCUUCUAUAUUCCAAGUGCCCACCAGCUCAUAAAGAUUUCAUGUCAUUCUGUCCUCUGACAGGAUCACCCCUUCACACACAGCAGAAGGCUAUGGGACACCCGUGAUGAUGAUGGAAAGAGCGCUAGUUUAAUAUGACAGCCAGUGCAAAAAUGGGGGCAUGGUGGACCAACACAAUGUAACCAAACAGACAAGGACAUGUGUGACUUGACUUUUCGGAGUUUGUAUCAGUGUCGUUUGAAGUGCAUAAUGAGAUCAUAAAUCUGUGAAGGGUUGAGGAUUAUAUGAAAAAAAUGUAACCAUUUUUCACCUGCCAUUAAUAAUCACGUGUAAACUGUAUUUCUCUAUAUUUAUCUGACAUAUAGAACAUUCCAGAUUAGUGAAGCAGUGAGAAUACACCAUAGUUGUUGUGUAAGUGUCCAUCCUUCAUCAGUUUCCUGUUUUUCAUGUAUUUGUAAGGUCUGUUGUCUAACCCAACUGUGUUGCAAUCACAAUCCUAUAUAUUGGACAUUUUUGCUCUACUGUGAAAACAUACAUACGUACAUACAUACAUACACAUGCAUACAUAUUUAUAUAUGUAUGUAUAUUCCGUAUUAAAAUAAUAUUUAAUAUUUAUACGUUUUUAUAUAAAAAAACACCUGAAAAUAAUGUUUAAAUCAGUAACUCUUCAGUUAAUGGUAAACAAUAUAGGAGGUACUAUUUAUUGCAGGGGGGACCAUCAGAAAUUUUUAAAAAAGAAAAAGUCCCUUCAUAUUACUGCUAUACGCAAUAUAAUUUAAUGUUACAAUGUAUCUGAAUCAGUGUGUUUACAUCAAAUGACAUAUUUUUUGAUUUCCUGCAAUUUGUGUGCAUAUAAGCCAAAUUGUUAUGUGUAUAAGAGCUAUAUUGUGUAUUUUAUUAAAUCGAUAUAUGGUUGUAUUGCAAUAUACAUGGGCUUACACUGUAUUUGGCAACUGUUUCCUUAGUAGUCAUCGAACUCUAUGAGUUUAUUUGUACUAUUUAUUUGUUUUUUUCCUCAUCUGCUCCUUAUCCUACUGGAUUGGGUAGCAGUGCUUUGGGACAGUCUGGUGGUCAAAGUGAACUCUGAUUCACUGCUUGAUUAGCCAACUGAGGGGGGGAGGGGGGAGCAACAAUCCAAUGAGUAAUUAUAGAAAGCUGGCAUCUUGUUAAUAAGGCAGCUAUUUUUUUUUCUAGAGGAAAACCCUGUGUUUGUAUAGCUAUUUCUUUUCCUUGCAAAUAAGGCCGCCAUACUUUGUCUUAGGUAAACUUCUACUGUGACUGUAGUGAAUUUGACCACCGUGAAGUGAUACAUUAUUCACAGAAAACCACCAUUUUGCUUUUGUAAAUGAAACAAAAGUUCCCUCUGACCAUUUUAUGUAUUUUCUCGGGACAUUACGGAUUUAUGAUAAAUCGUAUUCCCUCAAUAUUAGAUUAAACUUGAUGACUGAAAUUCUAUUUUCCAUUCCUUUUACUGUAUUUUAUUUUCUAAAUGAGGCAUUUAUGUAACAGGUACACAUCAUUCAUGGAUCAUGAUGUGAAGAAAAAUAUAGUAUGAGAAAAGUGAUACUGGGGAAUAUUUUGCGGCUUUGUAUAAGUUAUGGAAAAGCUAGCUAAAAUUUUCAAUGCACAAUGGGACAGAUGUUGAAAAUUAAUUUUUUAAAGAAAAAGUACAGUAUUGAAUUAGAUACACAAUAGGGAUAUUCUAUAUAUUCUGACCACCGAUUACUACUUAUAUUUAUUUUAUUACUCAGUUUGAGCAGUAGCUGAAACUGUGAGAUGAAUUAAAGGAUCUGUUUUUAUAUUACAAGUACAUAUAUAUGUAAAUAGUCAAUAUUUGUCAUUAACUGAAACAUAAAAACAUAUCCUUUAUAUCCUUAAUAAUCACAUUCUUAAUAAAGAACAGAACAGUGGGCUGAGUUCCUAUCACAUGUUUAACUUUACCUCACAGUCUGUUUGAGUGAGGUCAUGCGUUCUUAAAUUAAGUAAUAUUUACACAGACAUUACUGUCUGCUUUCUGAAGAUCGAUUUGUUCGGUAGCAAGUUAUCAAAGUGUAUUGAAAUACAUUUGAAUGAAGCUUGCAUUCGAUCCUGAUAUGAGUCUCAUAAAGCCUUUGGUUAGUCAAGGAAGCUGCCCAAAUCUGGUCACAUGGUUUCCAAUCCUUUAACCCCCCCCCUCCACCCCCACCCAAAAAAAAAACAAACAGUGAGAAACUGAUCAGUAAAACCAUAAAUACUGUAAACUGUAUUGUCAUCUAUGUUCAUUGUG